ACAGCUGACAAAGUCACUGAAAUACAGAAUUUCUUCGAUAUAAAGCAUUUAAAUUUAAUGGGAUUCCGUGUUUUGGAACUAUUCAGCGGCAUCGGGGGCAUGCAUUAUGCCUUUAAAUAUGCCCAGCUAGAUGGCAAUAUUGUGGCCGCAAUGGAUGUCAAUACAGUGGCCAAUGCUGUUUAUAAUUUUGCGCUCAAUUGCCAUGUGAAGACGAGAAACAUUCAAAGCCUCAGUGAGAAAGAGGUCAGCAAGCUGGGAGCUACCAUGCUUCUUAUGUCGCCGCCGUGUCAGCCGCACACCCGCCAGGGAUUACAAAGGGACACGGAGGACAAGCGAUCGGAUGCACUCACCCAUUUGUGCACUCUCAUUCCGCAGUGCGAAACUCUCCAGUAUAUUUUGAUGGAAAACGUUAAGGGAUUCGAAUGCUCUCAAGCUCGAAAUCAAUUCGUUGAAGCCCUGGAGAAGGCUGGAUUCUAUUGGCGGGAGUUUAUACUGACGCCCACACAAUUUAAUGUUCCCAAUACUCGCUAUCGGUACUACUGCAUUGCUCGCAAGACUAAAGACUUUGCCUUUGCUGGAGGUAAAAUCUGGGAGGAAAUGCCUGAAAGUCCCUCAACCGAACAGUCUGUUUCCCAAAUCUCCGCGAUCCUUGAGGACAAUGUCUCUUGUGAAUACCUUGUACCCGACGACGUUCUAACCAAGCGGGUGUUGGUCAUGGACAUAAUACAUCCAACACAAAAUAGAUCUAUGUGCUUUACCAAAGGCUAUACGCACUAUACUGAAGGCACGGGCUCGGCCUUUACACCGCUUUCUAAGGAGGAGUCCCAUCGUAUAUUUGAGUUGGUGAAAGAAAUCGACAAUAAUAACCAGGAUACCAGUAGUAGCUCUGAGGAUGUGCGGCAGCGACGUUUGGAUCUCCUGCGACAAAUAAAACUACGUUACUUCACACCCCGGGAAGUGGCACGGCUGAUGAGUUUUCCCGAGGAGUUUGCCUUUCCCCCUGAAACAACAAAUCGACAAAAGUACCGGCUGCUCGGCAACAGCAUUAACGUUAAAGUUGUUGGUGAAUUGAUUAAACUGUUGAUCGCAACAAAGCAGUAGAAAAAACUGUCCCAUG